UGUGUCAAAAAGACCCAACGAGCAAUAUGGACGAAAGUUUGUAUUUGUUUUCUCGUGAUCCUCACCGUAAUGUUAAUCAUUGUUGCCAUAUCAGUCUACCUAUCGAUGCCAUUACACAAUGGACAGAGAUCAACGAACUGGGAGAAGGAUUUGAUGGAAAUAUACCAGAAGACAGUGGUGGAUGUUUCAAGGCCAAGGGUACCUGAAAAUGUUGAUGGGGAGGACUAUCUUGACCUGCAACAACUUAAUUUGCUGAAACCGAUAUCUCAUUUCUCUGGACUCGAUUUCGACAAAGAAACUGCAGAUCGAGGAAAGAAUUUGACGACACUCCGAAACUGGGCCAACCCUGAUGGUUCUGACAGAAAGCUCCUGUACAAUGGAAUGCGUUACGAGAACGGCUCCAUCACAGUACCAGCAGCAGGAGUGUACCACAUCACAAGUCACGUCAAGUUCUACAUCGAGGACAACAGGAAGGAUGACAAGCCCUCCAGACAUUCCAGCACCAGGUUGUCCGCUAUAGCGCCUCCAGCCAGACACAGGUCGUGUUGUUUGAGAAUGCCGUGACUGAGUGUAAAGAGGGUAUCGACGACGGAGCUCACCUGGAGUACCCGAGUGAUGCUGGUGGAUUGGCUCUGUUGGAUGCUGGUGAUAAUAUCAUAGUUAAGGUGUCUCAUCUCCAUCCCCUGAAACACGACAGAGACUGGCAUUUGGUUGACAUGUAUCUUGUGUAACGUCUUUAUAACCUGUGCCUGAGAACGUGUGAUUAUACACAAAUUCCACGAGUUGAUUACCUGUUAUUGCUUUAUGUACAGCAUCUUCAGCAACUCCUCGUUGAUAUUCCUGUGGCUGAUGAUAGGAGUGAGUUUAGUUUUACGCCGCACUCAGCAAUAUUCCAGCCAUAUGGCGUGAUGAUAGGUCUUUAAUUCUUCUAAUCUUAAUUUCUUGAAACAAUAGUACACGCUAUUCCCAUUACACAAUGGAAUAUUUACUUUGGGUGACACGAAUUGAAUUGCAGGUUUUGAUGCGUGUCCAUUGGUUUGUAGUAAAUAUCCGUUUUCAGUUGGUCUCCUUGCCUUAUAAUCUUCACGUCCAAAAGAUUAGUCUUAUUAUGGUCGUAUUCCAUGGUUAAUGAAAUCAAAUAUUGGAUCGAAUUUUCCGAAAACUGUUUACAUUUUCACUGUUGAGAUCCAAAUAAGAAAACAGUUGUACAAA